UUUAUAUGGCGAUGGCGUGCUCGUAGAAAAAAUCCGAAUUUGAAAAGUAACAUUUCAUAAUUUUCAUUGUUUUGGUUACGAUCUAGUUUUUUUCUGAUGUUUUAUAGGAGAUCGGAAUAAAAGGUUGUCCUGUGAAACAUGCCAAGGCCAAAGAAGAGUGAAGAUCCCAGUGAACCUGACCCAAAGUAUGCUUCCUGGAUCCUUGCCGCAAUUGCCAAAGUCCGGCAUCAAAAACAACGACCAAAUGAGGAGCGAAUUACUCACAUACUUGAGAUAACAUAUGGCGUUGAUGCAGAAACUGUUGCAGAACAGUUGGAAUUGUGUGUCAAAUCAGGGCGCAUCAUCCGUGGGGAUUUCAAGGGAAAGUCAUCAUAUAAAGAUCCCUCCGUAGUAACACCUGGGGCAAGUAAAUCACCACGGAUGCCUUCAGAUUUGACAAAGAGCAUAAAAAAAGCUAUCAAAAAUGAAGGUGAUGAAGGUGCAACAACAACGACUAUAGAAAGAUACCUGAAGGAGAACUUUCCUGAGAAAACCGAGGCAGUCACGGAUCUCACGGUGGCAAUAAGACAUGCCAUUCAACGAGGUGUAAACACGGGACGUUUCGUGAAGGAGGGGAGAUAUGUUAAACUCUCAGAAAAAUAUCAAGCGAGAGAGGCGGAGAGAUCUGCAAGCAAACCAAAAUCCAGUGCUCAGAGAGAGUCAGCAGCACAAGCGCAAUCGAGAAAACCAAGGGCGCAACCAAGCCCGUUGUGUGGAUUUUGUUUGGGCACGGCAGAGAAGAAUCGAGAUGGCGUGCCUGAAGUUCUUAUUUCUUGUGCCGACUGUGGAAAUAGCGGUCAUCCAACUUGCCUGAAGUACUCGCCGGAACUGACAGAAAAGAUCCAAUCUGAGAGAUGGCAAUGUAUCGAGUGUAAAGUUUGCUCAGUUUGCGUAUCAGCAGGCAAUGCGGACAAUCUCCUGUUUUGUGAUGCGUGCGACAAAGGGUUUCAUAUGGAAUGUCUCAGACCACCGAUGACCGACAUGCCUUUAGGAUCGUGGAUUUGUUUUAUGUGCACUUCGAAACCUUCGCCGAAGAAAAGAAGGGCGAUAACCACGCCACCUCGAAGGAAAAUACAACAUACACCGAACGAUUCCAAAGAAUUUGGUGUUUGUCCAACCGAAGGUUGUGAUGGCAGCGGUCAUUCAUCUGGGAAAUAUACAACACAUCGCAGUUUGUACGGUUGCCCUGUCGCUCAGUCUUUAAAAAGACGACAUCAAAUCUCGGAUCUCUCGCUGUCCCCGGAAAAAUUCAAGGAUUCAACAGACGUUACGCCAAAGAGAAGGGGCAAGGUCGGCAGACCUCGGUCAUCACCAAAAUCACCUACCCACAAGCGACCACCACUGCCACCAGGUGUAACAGAAGAAGAUUAUUUGUUAUUCAAAAAAGCGCAAGAGAAAGCAAGCAACGAGAUGGGCGCUCAGCCUGUUGCCGUUCCAGGUUCGAACGCUCGCUCGCCACCCUUCAUUCAAUUCGGACCUUAUGAGAUAACCACAUGGUACUCGUCGCCAUACCCCCAAGAAUAUGCACAGCUUCCUAAACUCUACCUUUGUGAGUUCUGUCUCAAGUAUAUGAAGAGCAUUAGUAUAUUACAGCGACACAAGACCAAAUGCGGAUGGUUUCAUCCUCCUGCAAACGAGAUCUACCGUCAUGAAGAUAUCUCUGUGUUCGAGGUUGACGGAGCAGUCAAUAAGAUUUAUUGCCAAAACUUGUGUCUCUUGGCCAAAUUGUUUCUGGAUCAUAAAACACUUUACUACGACGUGGAGCCGUUCCUCUUUUAUGUCUUGACUUCGAACGAUAGAAAAGGCUGCCAUCUUGUUGGAUAUUUCUCGAAGGAAAAAGCAUGUCAACAGAAGUACAAUCUUUCUUGUAUCAUGACAAUGCCUCACUACCAAAGAAAAGGAUACGGAAGGCUCUUGAUUGAUUUCAGCUAUCUGUUGUCGAGGAUUGAAGGGCAGUCUGGCUCGCCAGAAAAGCCAUUGUCCGACCUGGGGCUGUUGACCUACCGCAGUUAUUGGAAAAGCGUGAUUUUGGAAUAUUUCAGUAAACAUAAAGAAACAGAGGUGACGAUAAGAGAUGUGAGUAAAGCGACAGGCAUGGAUCCUCAUGAUAUUGCCGCCACUUUACAACUCUUGAAAAUGGUGAUACGAAAGGACAACAAGAUAUUCAUACGCCUCAAUCGCAAGUACAUCAACGAAUUCACGGAAAAACUGGUCUCCCAAAAGCGAUUGGUACUCGACCCCGAUCGACUACGUUGGACACCCUUGGUCCACGCUACAGCGGUGGUCCCGGAGCAAAGCUCCGAGAAAGAGCAACAGGAGAAGCAUCGCAAACAGUCGGAUGGGCAGGAACCCGUGGAGAUCGAUGUUGUAGAGGAUGAAAAACCCGGGGUUGACUCGCCGGUUACGGUGAAAAACCCGGUGGGCCCGGGGAGCAGCAGCGAAGACGAAGAAGUCGUCCGACCGAGAAAGAGAUCUCGCAAGGCGAUCGAUGAAAGUGAUUCGGAGAAAGAAUCGGGUGACGAUAUGAAGCCGAUGGACGCCGAGGAUGAGGCUGAAGAUGCCGGCGAAGAUGUCGCCGAUGAUGAGACGAAGGAUGGCGAAGAUGAACCGGAGGUGGUGAACGGUAUGCCGGAAGCAGCAGGCUCUCCAGAAGUUGACGAUUUACCAGACGUCGAGGAGGCUGAGACAGCAGAAACUGGCGAUAACGUAAAAAGCCGAAGUAGCUCCGUUUCCGCGCGAAGCAAUGCGAGCGAUGACGAAUCCCAAUCGGAUGAUAGUGAUGACUCGUCGAGUUCUUCGUCGUCGUCAUCAUCCGAUUCCUCGUCGAGCAGUGACGAAGGGGACUCGAAGUCCGCCGAGCGAAAAGAAAGCCCGCUUUUCGAUACCUUCCGUAAGGCAAUCAAACAAACAAAGGAUCCUGUGCUUACCGGAGUUAAAGAUCCACCCUCGGAACUUGGCAUCCCGGCAAGAAAUAUCCAGGAAGAAGCGCCUGAUGAUUUUGUACUUCCGCCUCAAGAGAACGCGUUUGACCUAGUGGACACCCCGUCCCUACAGGAUUUCCUCGGUGGGGACAUCAAUAUUAGCACUGGAGACGAUUUGACGGGCGAUAGUCUCUUAGAAGAAGUGAGAGAUGCGUAUUACGAUGAAACUGCUAGUGCUAAUGAGAAGGAUUUGGAGUAGGCGCUUCAGUAGGAUUACGCUUACCUUAGAAAAGCCUGGUUUCCAUCUAUGGUCGUAACUGUCGCUAUCACAUCUAGAUGAACAAUGUAAAGAGUGCUGACUCACAUUAGAGUGCUGACAUGCGGUAAGUAGAGAGAAUACCGUAGAAAGAAUACCGAGAGGUUUACACAUGUGCAAAAGAUAUAUCCACACUAUUUCACACCAUCCAAAGUGACUUGUUCAGUUACGACCAAUUGUAAGCCAGGCUUUAUUGCUAUAUCGCCAGACCAAGUCAUGCAGUCAUAGAUCAUCUGUUGUGAUGAACUGCCAUCGCUGAUUGGAGAAUUCGAAGUGCUUGCAGACACUGGGAGGACUACAGAUGCAAUGUUUGUAAACGACCUCGUGUAAGCGUUCUCGUUAAUAACGAAUACGUUAAUUUACAACAUAGAAAGUUUAUACUACAUAACUUUGAUAAAUCGUUCCCCAUAACGUUGAUAAAUCGUUCAAAAUAUUCAGUGACUAUUUCGUGAAAAUGAAUAUCCAUUCCAAAGCCUGUUUCAUACAAGAAUGGAUUGUCAUGCUUUGUCAUGUUAUUGUUUAUAUUAGCUGAUUCAUGCUGCGACUGUA